GGUCCCGUCCCCCCACCCCAUCCCAUCCCAUCCCAUCCCCAUCCCCUCAGCCGGGCGGCGCCAUGUCGGUGGUGGGCAUCGACCUGGGCUUCCAGAGCUGCUACAUCGCCGUGGCCCGGGCCGGGGGCAUCGAGACGGUGGCCAACGAGUACAGCGACCGCUGCACCCCGGCUUGUGUUUCUUUUGGACCGAAGAAUCGUUCCAUUGGAGCUGCGGCUAAAAGCCAGGUUAUUUCAAAUGCAAAGAACACAGUGCAGGGGUUCAAAAGAUUUCAUGGCCGUGCAUUCUCCGAUCCCUUUGUCCAGGCCGAAAAGCCCAACCUUGCAUAUGAAGUGGUGCAGCUGCCCACCGGCUCAGCAGGGAUCAAGGUAACGUAUAUGGAGGAAGAGCGAAGUUUCACCACCGAGCAGGUGACUGGAAUGCUCCUGUCCAAACUAAAGGAAACUGCGGAAAGUGCACUAAAGAAGCCGGUUGUUGACUGUGUUAUUUCAGUUCCUUGUUUCUAUACAGACGCAGAGAGGAGGUCAGUAUUGGAUGCCACACAGAUUGCCGGUCUCAAUUGCCUGCGAUUAAUGAAUGAAACUACUGCAGUGGCCCUUGCUUAUGGAAUCUAUAAACAAGACCUACCUGCCCUAGAAGAGAAACCAAGAAAUGUAGUUUUUGUUGACAUGGGACAUUCUGCCUAUCAAGUGUCUGUGUGUGCAUUCAACAAAGGAAAACUGAAAGUCCUUGCCACUGCAUUUGAUUCAACCCUAGGCGGUAGGAAGUUUGAUGAGGUGUUAGUGAAUCACUUCUGUGAAGAAUUUGGAAAGAAGUACAAGCUAGAUAUAAAAUCCAAAAUUCGGGCACUCUUACGACUCUCUCAGGAAUGUGAAAAGCUAAAAAAAUUAAUGAGUGCUAAUGCCUCUGACCUCCCUAUGAACAUAGAAUGCUUCAUGAAUGAUGUUGAUGUCUCUGGAACUAUGAACAGGGGCAAAUUUCUGGAGAUGUGCGAUGGUCUCUUAGCUAGAGUAGAGCCACCGCUUCGCAGUGUUCUGGAACAAGCCAAGUUAAAGAAAGAGGAUAUUUAUGCUGUGGAAAUCGUCGGAGGUGGUACGAGAAUCCCCGCUGUAAAAGAGAAAAUCAGUAAAUUCUUUGGGAAAGAAAUCAGUACAACUUUGAAUGCAGAUGAAGCAGUCACCCGAGGCUGUGCGCUGCAGUGUGCCAUCUUGUCCCCUGCUUUCAAAGUGAGAGAGUUUUCCAUUACUGAUGUUGUGCCGUAUCCAAUAUCUCUAAGGUGGAAUUCUCCAGCAGAAGAAGGGUUAAGUGACUGUGAAGUCUUCCCUAAGAAUCAUGCAGCUCCUUUCUCUAAAGUCCUCACAUUCUACAGAAAAGAACCCUUCACUCUUGAAGCUUAUUAUGGAUCUCCCAAGGAUUUGCCCUACCCAGAUCCUGCUAUAGCUCAAUUUUUGGUUCAGAAAGUGACUCCCCAAACUGAUGGAUCCAGUUCAAAAGUGAAAGUGAAAGUUCGUGUCAAUGUACAUGGUAUUUUCAGUGUGUCCAGUGCAGCCCUAGUGGAAGUUCAUAAGUCUGAUGAAAGUGAAGAACCCAUGGAAACUGAUCAACAUGCAAAGGAAGAAGAGAAGAUGCAAGUAGACCAGGAAGAACAGAAACCUGAGGAGAACCAGCAGCAAAUACCAAGUGAAAAUAAAGCCGAGUCUGAAGAAAUGGAGACCUCCCAGGCUGGAACGAAAGACAAAAAAAUGGACCAACCACCUCAAGCCAAGAAGGCCAAAGUGAAGACCAGCACAGUGGAUCUCCCUAUUGAAAAUCAGCUGCUGUGGCAAAUAGGAAGAGAUAUGCUCAAUUUGUUUAUUGAAAAUGAGGGCAAAAUGAUUAUGCAGGAUAAACUGGAGAAAGAACGGAAUGAUGCCAAGAAUGCAGUAGAAGAAUAUGUAUAUGAAAUGAGAGAUAAACUUGGUGGUGUUUAUGAGAAGUUUGUUAGUGAAGAUGAUCGUAACAGUUUCACUUUGAAACUGGAAGAUACUGAAAACUGGUUGUACGAAGAUGGAGAAGACCAGCCCAAGCAAGUGUACAUUGAUAAACUAACAGAACUGAAAAAUCUGGGUCAGCCUAUCAAGGCACGGUUCCAGGAGUCUGAAGAAAGACCAAAAGUAUUUGAAGAACUAGGGAAACAAAUCCAGCUGUAUAUGAAAAUAAUCAGUUCUUUCAAAAACAAGGAAGAACAAUAUGAACACCUGGAUGAAGCGGAUGUGUUGAAAGUGGAGAAGAGCACAAAUGAGGCUAUGGAAUGGAUGAACAACAAAUUAAAUCUACAAAACAAGCAAAGUCUUACCGUGGACCCAAUUAUAAAGACCAAGGAUGUUGAAGCUAAAAUAAAAGAGUUGGCAGGUAUUUGCAAUCCCGUCGUUACCAGACCCAAACCUAAAGUGGAACUCCCAAAAGAGGAGAAAAAUGAUGAACAGAAUGGACCAGUAGAGGGAAAUGGAGAGAAUGGUCAAGAGGCCCAGGCAGCCGAGCAGAAAGCCAACUCGACUGCCCCUGCAGAUUCAGAAAAGAAACUUCCUGAGAUGGACAUUGAUUGAUUCCAGCACUUGUUUAUAUUAAAACAGACUAUAAUAAAGCUUUAAGUUGUCAACUUAUUCUAAUUAUGAACUAGAGCAAAUGAAUAUUACAAAUUUCUUAUAGUAAUUUUUUAGGGAUUUGGGGGGCGCGGUUCAAUGUGUCAAGCGAUCUGACUUCUAAAUAGCUUAACUACACAAUCGUGUGCAUUGUAUCUUCUAAUGGCUGUACUUUGGAACCCACUGCUUACUGGAUUUACAGAAGCAGCAUAGUUGUUUAGGAGCGAUUAAAACAUGGAGAAA